GAUUGUCAUUCGAGUAUUUCAUUCCGAAGGUGAAGAUGGCUCCGUUAGCGGCGAACGAGAUUCGAUACAUCAUUAAACUUCCAGAGGACAGGCGGGUUCCAGGCACGAGUAGGUUCAGGAGUUGCAUCAUGAACAAGGACAAUGGGUCGACGCGGGUGGAGUUGCCACGUCAGCUGAACUGGGCCGAAGGUUGUAGCUCGCUCCACUCGCCGAGUCUCCACAAGUCUUUCGACGAGGGCUCGAUCGGCUUGCUGAUGACUCACUGGAUGGAUUGUUUUCUCGGAGUGCGCGGUACAUCUAUUGAGGACAAGUGGCAUCGCUUCUGGAACGACAUGAAGGGCGCGCUGAUCGAGAACGACUUGUGGUCGGUCAUCAGCGAGCGCACGGUUGUGUUCAACAUGAUGACUGCCCCCUUCGGCCACCACAAGUUCUUCGCUGAAAUCUCGGAGGCCGCCCAUGAGUACUUCAGCACUCGGACUCCAUCCUGCCCAUUGUUCUUGAUGAUGUACGAGGACAUCUGCGCAGAGAAGGGCAUGCUGGACGACUUCGGCAUUGGCACCGAGAACCACAAGGAGUAUGUGUGGAACAUGGUCAAAAAUAGCAUUGCUUGGUCGAUCAAAGGCUCCAGAGUAAAAAUUGGCAGGUGGGCUAGUUGGAUCAGCGCUAACCGUGAGUGGAGGGGCAAAAAGAUGGAAGUCUUGUUGGUGUUGGUGCACAUUGGCAUGCUACAUGGCUGGUGGAAGUCCCUCGACGGAGUUCCGAUCACGCCGUCGGCGAUGAAGAUUCUCGAGAUGGUGAUGGAGCUGGGUCUGGAGCUGCGCCCGCGGCUGGUGGUGCAGCGCCUGCGGCUGGUGCGGCUGAGGAGUCUCAGGCGCCUGGUGGUGGAGGUGAUCCACCUGUCGAUCCAGGUGCUCCAGGACAGGGUGCUGCUGCUGCUGCAGGUGCUCCUGCUGCCGCCGGUGAAGGAGUCAAACGAGCAGCUGAAGAAAGUUCGGAACAAGUGCCAGAACACGCUGCACUUCGUUGCGCACGCCUUGAGGAACCACUUCGGCAACCAGGUCGCGGAGAUCAUCGACGCAGGCAUCUUUCACUUCUCCGAGUUCUUCGAUAUGAACAAGUCGAAGUGUAAGACCAUCAAGGGCGCGCUUGACUUCCACGUCGGCUUGACCAAGCGCAGGAUCAACACUGUGAUCGCGAAGGCCUUCUCUUUUUUGUCCGACCAGAACACAUACAAUAACGUGAAGUUGCACCGCCCCGAGUUCUUAGACGUGGUCCCCGAGCUGUUGGUCCUGCAGGAUCAAGGUUGA